GCAGCAAUAAAAUAUUAAAAAAAAGUAAUUAUGUAUUAGAUAAAUAAAUAGAAGCAAGAGAUAUAAGAAGCUAAAUAGAAAGUAAAGUCUGGUGAAACAAUUAAUUAAACCAGAAUAUUUAGUUAGUUGUUCAGGUGAUCAUAGUAUUAAGAUAUGGGAUAUGUCAUUUAAUGGAUUAUUAGAGAAUAUUAAAGCAAAGAUUAUUAACAAUCAUAAGAUGGCAGUGAGGAAUAUUAUUUUAAUUAAUAAUAAUUAACUUGUUUCUGGGUCAUUUGAUGAAACAAUUAAAUCUAUGAUCUUAAAUCAAAUAGGGCAAUCUAUGCCAUUUAAUGUGAAGAUUGGAUAUAUUGUGUAUAAUUUAUAUUGAUGUUAUGUAUAGUUACAAAACGUUACUGAUAAAGCUUUUGCUGCAGGUACUGCCUACGGAGAUAUUAGAAUUAUUAGUACUUCUAACUUUAAUGAAAUAUUAAGAGUUAGAAUUGCUCCAAAUUACAUUAAAAGUAUCAUGGUCUUUCCAAAUCCCAAUUAUCUAUUUUUAUCAUGUAAAAAUAGAGACAAUUAUAUCAUUCGUUUAUCAGAAUAUAGACAAAUUGACUAUAUCACUAAAACUGAAGAAGUUGACUUUGUUCCAGAAGGCAUUUGUAUUUUUAAUAAUUAUAUCAUUUAUGGAGAAGCUAAUUCAGUUAAAAUUAAAUAUGCUAGUUGA